GGGAUUUUAUUUUAUUUUUCAGAGUUCCAGCCAGAUGUCCCGAGGUGCUGGCGCUUCCCGAGGGGUCCUGCACGCCUUCAGCUCCUCCCCAAAGCUCCAGAGCUCCUCGGGCACCCUCGGGAGCCGGCCCGGAAAACACUCGGAAAGAUCCGGAAAAGGAGGAGCGGGCACCUGGAAGAAAAAUCCCAUGGGCACAGGUGGGGCCCUGCCCUUCGUCAGCCCCGCCCUGGCCGUGCACAAAUCGGCCUCGGCCGUGGAGCGGCAGCGCGAAUAUCUCCUGGAUAUGAUCCCGCCCCGCUCCAUCCCACAGUCGGCCACGUGGAAAUAAAAUUCCCCCCAGGGAGAACUUUUACCAGGCUCUGCCAUCCUUUGGGAUUUGGUUUGUUUCUUUGGAAUUUGAUUUUGAUUUUAUUUUUUUUUACCACAAUUCCGUGGAAUCUGCUUUAAUUCCCAGCUGGAAAAAUAAAAAACACCCCAAGGCUUUUUUUUUAGGAUGCGACAUCACCGAUCCUCAUCCGUCCCUGCCGGGAAAGAAGCGAAUCCCGGCUCCGUUGGCUCCCAGAUUUUUCAUGGAAGCUGGCAGGGAAAAGGAGGAAGAAUUCCUUAAGAAUUCCUUCAUUUCUUUCUUUUUUUUUUGGCUUUUUUCCCUUAUUUAGUUCCAGAAUUUUUUUGGCACCAGCACAAAACAAAGACUCAGCGAUUCCUCUCCCGCCGAACGUUUUUUUUUUGGCCGGGAAAACUCCGGAAUUCCGGAAUUUCGGGGGGGGGAAUGUGGAGAGAAAAAGAAAAAGAGAGGAAUUCCAGCCUCAUCCUGCGUUUAGUGAGCCGAAUUCGUGGCUGCUCCUUUUUCCCCUGCUCCUCUUCCAGCCGGGAAAAGCGGGAGCGGCUCAUCCCGAUAUUCCCAAAAUCCCGACGGAUUCCGCGCAGAAGAAAAACUCAAAUUCCCGAUUCCGCUUGAAAAUGGUUCCGGGGGGGGGGUCUUUUUUAUUUUAAUUUUUUUUUUUCUUUUUCCUUUCGGGAAAUCCCAAAUCUCGGCUGGAAAGUGGGAAUUGAGGGAGAUUCCCGCUUUUUUUUUUGGAUUCUGGUUGGAAUAAACUUCGGAACCGUUGGGAAUUUCCAAA